AUGGUGGGCUCACGUUUCCCUUCCGUCUUGUGGCUCAGCACAAUUGUGGAGAGCGUGGAGCCCUGGCUUCAGAUGAUGCUGACCUGGGACCCCCAGCAAAGGGGAGGCGGAGUGGACCCGAACACGAACAGCUACAGGUGUUUUCAAGUCAUGGAACAACUGUUGAGUCUGAAGAUUGUCCACAUCUUAAAUAUGACGUCUGCCAAGAUCCUGUCGUAUUCUCUGCUCCCAGAGGAAAGCCUUCACUCCCUGCAAGUUCGAAUUGAAUCCGACACCGGAAUCAGCUUGGGAAACCAGGAGCUGCUCCUGGAGAUGGGAAGCUGUCUGGACCCCCGGAAACCAGCCUCCCAGUGUGUCAUCGAUGGCGUAAAAGGCUGGGAUAGCUACAUGGUAUAUUUAUUUGAUAAAAGCAAAACUACCUAUGAAGGCCCUUUCGCUUCGAGGACACUUUCUGACUCUGUAAAUUAUAUUGUAAAGGACAGCAAAAUUCAGCUGCCCGUUUUCCAGCUCCGGAAGAUCUGGGCAGAAGCUGUGCACUACGUCAUCGGCCUGAAGGACGACUACAGCCGCCUCUUCCAGGGCCAGAGGGCAGCCAUGCUGAGUCUUCUGAGGUACAACACCAAUUUAACCAACAGGAAAAACAACAUGAUCUCAGCAUCGCAGCAACUGAAAGCCAAGCUGAAUUUCUUCCAGCAAAGUAUCCACCUGGACUUGGAACGAUACAGCGACCAAAUGACCUAUGGAAUCUCCUCAGAGAAAAUGCUAAAAGCUUGGAAAGACAUGGAAGAAAAAGCCUCGCUCUGCGAAAAGGUGGCGGAUAUCGGCUCCCUGGAUGAGCAGAUCAUGGCGCUGCACACCGAAAUUGUGGAGCUGCAGAGAAGCCUCCAUGUGCGACGUCAAAACGAUGUAAUGGAAAAUCUGGAACAGAGAGCCAUUGAACUCUACAAGCAAUUGAAAUCGAGGCCUCCAGACCAUGUGUACAGUGACAGCACGGAGAUGGUGAGGAUCAUUGUCCAGACCGUCCAGAGUCAAGACUGGGUCCUUAAGGAGCUCUUCAGGCACCUCAGCAAACUGCUGGGCUGCAAACAGAAGAUCAUCGACUUGCUCCCCAGCAUCGAUGUGGCUCUGAACAGCAUCAAGGAGGCUGACAAUUCAGUCAUGCAAAUGCAGGGGAAAAGGCAGAGGGAAAUCUGGCACUUGCUGAAAAUCGCUUGCACUCAAAGUUCCACUCGUUCGGCCAGCUCCAGCGUGGAUGGGCCCGUCCCGUCCUCUGUGCCCGCCUUGCUCUCCCAAACCACACAGGCCAGUGUGCUGCAGCCGUUGCCUUUCGUGGAAGCCUCUAGAAAUGCGUUGAAUUUUGCACAUUUAUUAGAAGAAAAUCUAAGCUAUCUUGACAGUUUUAGCGCUGUGAUACACGAAGCGAGACACGACCAAAAUAGCAGCAUGAUGAGUCUCGACUGGAGUUGGCUGGAUUAGCACAUCCGAACUUGCACAUCCGUGUUUGCAAAAAGGGGCCUUUUAACUUAAAAUACCUCUUUUCUUUUAAUUAAAGAAGGACCCAGAUAGAAGAACUUGCAUCUUUAUCCAGUUCUGGAGGUUUGGGGGAAAUGGCCCUGCUUCUCCCUCCAAAGCAUCUGCCAGGGUAGAACGUCUUCCGUCACAGGAUCCGUACUGCACUGUAAUUAAAUCCCACCCCCCAAAAAGAUCACGUUGUGCCCAAGACAGACAGCGUGAAAGGUGUAAAGUAAAUUAUCUGUUAUAUAGUGUAUUAAUAGAAGAGAAUAUAUGUAGCUCAGGGUUGAACUGUUUUCUUAACAGACGUUUCGUUACCCAAUUAGGCAAUAUCAUCAAUGAUGCACUUAUGAUGUUACCUAGUUGGGCAAACCCCACGCUCUUCUAGUACUGAUGGCGUUGCCUAGUUUGGUAAUGAAAUGUCUGCAAGCAAACCACCAAACUCAGAAGAGCCUCGUGACUCCAUAUAGUUUAUUACACGCCUUGUGAAUUGUUCUCUUUUCUAUGAUCCUUGAGGAAAUUAUAGUAUAUUUCUAAUGAACAACAUUGGGAGUAUUUUUGUAAUAUAUUAAGCAUUUAUUUGUUUUUUUGUUUUCACUAUGAAAAUAUCUGACACUUGCCCUCCACCUAAAAACAAUCGCUUACAAUUGUCACAAAUAAAAUAAUCUCAACAAGAAA